CGUCGUUCGUUUGCGUUUGACUCUCAUCUCUUCUCUCUCUCUCUCUCUCUCUCUCUGUUUUGCACCUUCUUAUCCUUCUCACACCUCACACACUCUGAAAUCUGUGAUCUCUCUGAGCUCCCUCUGUUCCCUUUUGUUUCAUAUAUGAGAGUACCUUUCUUCUUCUUCUUCUUCCCCAUAACCUUCAACUAGGAAUCAAUCAAAAGAGUUGCCACUGACACCAACCUAAGAGAGGCAUACACACGUAUAUACGUACGUACAUGUACGUAUAUAUACACCCUUUUCCAACCCUCUUGUGAUUGUUAUUAUGAGGCGGCACAGGAGAGCAGUUACCAUGAGGAUCACUGUUGCUGUUUCUUAGGCCUUUUUUUUUUUUUUUUGUGGGUUCCCCCUUUUAGUAUUUGCUAUACAGAUAGAGAGACACGACGAGACAUGGCUGGCAGUAAUGAAGUCAACCUCAAUGAAUCUAGGAGUGUUGUUCCGCUCAAUACAUGGGUGCUUAUCUCCAAUUUCAAGCUGGCUUACAAUCUUCUUAGACGUGCGGAUGGAACAUUCAAUCGAGAGUUAGCAGAGUUUCUUGAUCGUAAGGUCCCAGCCAAUACAAUUCCUGUUGAUGGGGUCUUCUCUUUCGAUCAUGUGGAUACAAACACUGGCCUCUUCAAUCGGGUAUACCUACCAGCUUCUGAAACCGAGGCUCGUAUCAAACACCUGGAUAGGCCUUUGAGUACCACGGAGAUUGUCCCUGUCAUAAUAUUCUUCCAUGGUGGAAGUUUCUGUCAUUCCUCUGCUAAUAGUGCUAUCUAUGACACCUUAUGCCGCCGCUUUGUGAGCAUUUGUAAGGCUGCUGUAGUCUCAGUGAAUUACCGGCGAUCACCGGAGCAUCGGUAUCCGUGUGCCUAUGAUGAGGGCUGGGCUGCACUUAGGUGGGUGAAGUCAAGAACAUGGCUUCAGAGUGGAAAGGAAUCAAAGGUUUACGUGUACAUGGCUGGGGAUAGUUCUGGUGGAAAUAUUGUUCAUCAUGUGGCAGUGAGGGCCGCAGAGGCAGGAAUUGAGGUAUUGGGAAAUAUUCUUCUUCAUCCAUUGUUUGGUGGGGAGAAGAGAACAGAAUCAGAGAUGAGACUUGAUGGGAAGUACUUUGUGAGAUUGCAAGACCGUGAUUGGUAUUGGAGAGCUUUUCUUCCUGAAGGAGAGGAUAGAGACCAUCCUGCUUGUAACCCAUUUGGCCCGAGGGGUAAAAGCCUUGUAGGACUCAAGUUCCCUAAAAGUCUUGUUUGUGUGGCUGGUUUGGAUCUUCUCCAAGAUUGGCAAUUGGCAUAUGCGGAAGGUCUUGAGAAUUCUGGCCAAGAGGUCAAACUUCUUUACCUUAAGGAGGCUACUAUUGGUUUCUACUUCUUGCCAAAUAAUGAUCAUUUCUAUUGCCUCAUGGAGGAGAUUAAGAACUUUGUCAAUUGUAACUGUUAAUAUACUUCGACCACUACUUAACUUUACCUACGGAGGCCAUACAUAGCAAAAGCUUGACAUUUCACUUGGGUUCUCUUUUUUGCUAUUUUUUGUAUCGUUCUUUUCUUUUCUUUUUUGUUCGUUUCCCUACUUUGUAGUAAUGGUGUGUAAUUAUAAGAUUGUGUAGCAUUACAUCUUAGUGCCGUAACAUCUGUGGUGGUCAAUUUGAGAGUUCUGUCGCCUGGGGACUACUGCAUCCUGUUCACUCUGCUGAUGUCUUUUGAAAGGUAGCACCAGUUUCAGCAAUCUGAUGUACCAGAACUCAGUUCAUUUGUGGGGUUUGGCUCAAACCACCGUAUACAAAGCUUUACCCCAUUUAACACUUUUUGACCUCAAUAGGAGGAUUGGAGAUAGAAGAUAAGGAUUGGUUGAUCUAUCACUUUGAUUAAGUGAAUGCAUUCCUCUUGUAGCACUAAUUAUUGAAUGUGAACCGGAGAAGAUCCCAACCUGUUAUGAAUCUGUAUGUUAUAUAAUACCUAUGUUCUCGAGUUAUAUAAUUGUCUUGGGUGUUUGUUUUUUUUGCAUUUUAGUUGGAUUCUCCUCCUGGCAGAAGCCAACGUUGUACUUGUCUCUGUUGCAUCCUGCUAUGUUUCCAAUUAAGCAGUUUCAAUUUCUCAUGUCACAAAUUGUGUGGCUUGUA